CAUUUUUGGCACGUUUGUCAAAAUUUGACACGAUUUGGAAAACAUGGACGACGAGUUUUUUUUGUACAAUCGGCGCACGAUUCGGCCAAAAUUCAAAGUAGUGGGGUUUAUACCGAGCGUUGAGUUCCAGAAGUGUAAGUAUGUGGUGGAGAAGGUGUACGCUAGUUACCCGACGGAGUAUGAUAAGCCGGAAAUCAGGUCUAUGUUGAAUUUGGAUUGGGACGAGUAUUUGACUAAAAUGAAGAGGCGACAUGGGAAAGCGUACUAUUUGCUGAAAGCGCCGGUGGCUGUCUACUUCGAUGGACAACUUCUGGGAGAUGAUAAAGCUCUUCUUAAUUUUAUAACGGGGAAGUACAGGCUUGAAAUAAGUGCGGAUUUUGAAAGUCUAGCGGAGAAAGACAUAAUAAGGUACUUUCAAGACAUAACCGACAAGUAUAAGAGAAAAUUCGUCUACUUGACUAUCGCCAUAGAUGAGCGAGUCGUAGGUUCGAUGCUCUUCAUGUUAUACAACGACUUAGUGCCUAUCACGUGCGACAACUUCUUAACCCGGUGUACCCAAAGAACCCCAAAAUUUGGCUACAAAGGCACCAAAGUACACAGAAUCGCCAAAUAUAGUUGGAUCCAAUGCGGGGGCUUCGAUCUGCGCGAAGUCCACCAACCUUGUGAAAACUACGCCGUCCCUCACGACCGGCGCGGACUCCUCUCCAUGUGUAACCAAAAACGACACGUCAACAACAGCACCCAGUUCUACAUAACCUUAAACCCUGCCAGCUGGAUGGACUACAACUACGUGGCUUUCGGUCAGUUAAUUCAAGGUGCCGAAAUUCUAAACCUAAUCGAACAAAUCUCCACCUACUACGAAAGUCCGACCCGCAAAAUCGAAAUCGUGACCUGUGGCGAAUUCGUCCUUUGUCCUACCCCCACUGAAGACUACACCAGCGCUUUGAAUCCACCCUACGAGACUUUGUUUACCCCAUACACCAAAGACGACGACGUCGAUUCGAUUUUGAGCGAAAAAGGGUUAAAAUCCGGAAAGUAUUCCCUGAAAACGGACGCCAGAGCCUACUUACCCUUCACGAGGUUCUCGAAGAUGUUCGACGCUUACAUGAAAAACGACGAUCAAGAGCUGGAAUGUCUGGAUGACGCUAGAAUCGGACAAUUGCUCAAGAAGAUGGACGCGCAACCGCCAGUCGAAGAAGUGUCUUCGAAUAUUCCACUCGAUCGCGUGAGGGCGAACCUUUUCAAAACCAGCAAUACGUUUUAUUACACCUCACAUAUAAUCUUCUGAAGUUGUAU